CCAUUGGAAGGCCUGAUAGCUUUCGUAGGUCUUAGCUACUAACCUACUACCACAUACUCUCUCACACUAAAAUAUAGCAUAUGGCUAAUGACUCUCUGACGAGGGGACACAUAAUCGGGGAUGUCUUAGACCCGUUUACUAGCUCAGUGCCUCUAACUGUCAUGUAUGAUGGCAGACCGGUGUUUGAUGGGAUGGAGUUUCGGGCGUCGGCGGUGUCGGUGAAACCUAGAGUUGAGAUUGGAGGUGAUGAUUUUCGAGUGGCCUAUACCCUAGUUAUGGUGGAUCCUGAUGCGCCUAAUCCCAGCAACCCUACCCUACGGGAAUACUUGCAUUGGAUGGUGACCGACAUCCCAGCAUCAACUGAUGAUAGCUUUGGCCGAGAGCUCAUACCAUAUGAGAACCCAAGCCCCACCAUGGGCAUCCACCGUAUUGUCUUGGUGCUCUACCAGCAACUGGGGCGGGGCACGGUGUUUGCACCGCAAGUGCGUCAAAACUUCAACUUGCGCAAUUUUGCACGCCGUUUCAACCUCGGCAAGCCUGUGGCUGCGAUGUACUUCAACUGCCAGCGGCAAACAGGCACAGGUGGGAGAAGGUUCACUUGAGUAAUUUUAACCUUCCCCUCAUGUUCAAGGUGUGAAGGCAAGCUUGGGCCUACAAGUUACGUAUGUGUGUUUACCUAUGUAUGAGCUUGAGCCUACAAGUUACGUAUGUGUGCUUACCUACGUAUGGUCGUAUCGUCAUACAGUACCGCCAAUAGCACAAGCUAGAAAUAAGAUGUUGUAUUUCUUGCGCAUGUACACUCCCAGGCACUGUAGGUGCGGCUGGUGAGCCACUGUAGGGGCCUGCCAAACCGGCGCUACAAAUCAGAGAUGAUGUUUGCCUUUUAAUAAUGGCACUAGAAGAGAGGUUAUCACUGAGUGUACUGAUGCGCGCUGUGAUAUUUUGUCACACACCUUGGCAAUAAACAUAUGUGUACUGGCUCUCUUUUA